AUGCAUAUCUGGAGACGCAAGGUGGUGCUCUGCUGCUGCGUGCUGCUCGCGCUGGCGUACGCGCUCUUCGCCGCGACGGCGCGAAAGAGUCUCGAUACACCGUCGCUCCGCGAGCGCGUGUACUCAGACGUGUUCGACGCGUUGCUCCAAUACCGGCCCGUGCGGCCGCCCAAGGACCGGCAGGCCGCGGUCCGCCAGGCCGGGUGCGAGAUGAAGGGCGUCGGCGUCAACCGCGGCGACGCGGUGGACGCCAUGCUGUACGAAAACCUGGAUCGGUGCUACCGGCCCACGAAGGCGCAGUUCGAGGGCUUGCAGGCGCCGCACUCGGCGUUCUUGACGCAGCUGCGCACGACGUUCGCGUACGAGGCGGACUCGCCGGUGUUCGAGCGGCUAUUCCCGCGUGAGCGCGGGUUCGUGACCGUCGGCGGCGGGCGCUUCUCGCUGCUGGCGUACUCGAUGCUGCGCGCGCUGCGCGCGCGCGGCUCGAAGCUACCCGCAGAGGUGGUGAUCCCGCCGCAGGACGCGGCGGGCGAGGAGCAUUUCUGCAACGAGGUGCUGCCGGAGCUCAACGCGCGGUGCGUGUUCUUCGAAGACGCGCUGCCGCGCGCGCUCGUCGAGACGUGGGACUUCGAGCGGUACCAGAUCAAGGCCGUCGCGCUGUUGCUGUCCAGCUUCAAGAAAAUCGUGUUCAUCGACGCCGACGACUUUCCGAUCCAGAACCUCGACUCGCUAUUUGACAGCGAAGUGCUGCGCGAGCAUGGCCUCGUGCUGUGGCCGGAUCUCUGGCGCCGUGCCACGGCGCCGGUGUUCUACCGCCUAGCUAACAUCGACGUGGACCUGCGCCGCCGCGUGCGCAACAUGGGUGACAACCUGUCGCCGGCCUCGCGCUACACAGAUCCGGAUCAAGACCCCGAACAGCUGCAAAAGAUUGCACCUUUCCACGACUUCGCGGGCACGGUUCCUGAUCCGACCACUGAGUCGGGCCAGAUGGUCAUCGACAAGGUCCGCCACUUCCAGACCCUGCUGCUCGCUCUCUACUACAACGUCUACGGUCCCGAGUGGUACUACUCGCUGUUCUCGCAGGGCACUGCCGGCGAGGGCGACAAGGAAACCUUCGCCACCGCAGCCCACGUCCUAGGUCUUCCCUUCUACCAGGUCAAGAACAAGCUCGCUUUCGACGGGUACUUCCACCCCAACGGCGACGGCUUCCGCGGCGUCGCGCUCUACCAGCACGACUGCGUCGAGGACUACCUGCUCUACUGCCGCGCCCGUGAUAUCAUCAAGGAGAACCAAGACUCCUUCUCUGCUUACAAACCCGACUAUGACCCGGAGCCCGACUUUUACAAGUCCCUCAUGGCGCCUGAGGGCCACCCCGAGAUUCCUGUCAUGUUCGCCCACGCUAGUUUCCACAAGUUCGACCCCUGGCAGCUAUACCAUGAGAAAGUUUACCUGGACAACGACGGCGCACACUUCCGCUCGUUCCACAACAUCAAGAGGAUUGGCAAUUUUGAUAUUGAGCUUUUCGUUUUCGAAGGUCUGCAGAAAGCUAUUUGUUCCGACAAUCCGAUCCGCUUCAAGUACCUCGAGGACAAGUUCAUCCACGCAGACUGGCCCAAAGUCUGCCAGUAUGUCGAAGAUAGAGUCAAGUACCUGCAGGAUACCCACGAUCCCGCGGUGGGCCUCGUAUAG